UAGUUAUCAGCUGGUACUUCUUGUUUAUUAUCAUAUCAACGUCAAGUGAAAAAAGAAUUAAAAAUUUUAUUUUAUCGCGGUGUUCUUAGACAAUAAUAUUCAAUCGGUUUUGUACUAAUAUACAUUUUAUUCAUUCUACUAUUUUAUUCGUACUACAUAGAUUAGUUCAUUAAAAAUAUAAUAAUUACAUACUUGAAAACUUGAUAAACAUAAAUAAUAAUUAAAUAUAAGUACUUGCAUAAAAAUUUAAUAAUAAACAUUUAUCAUCACGUGUUAGUGUAUAACAUUAAUGUACGAGCAUGUCGCAAUAGUUAAUGAUAAUUGUCAACGCUCAAGUAUCUAGAUUAUAUUAACAACAUUAUUUUGCCUGUCAUUGAAUGAUGGAUUUAACAUCUAGACCACACAUGAGUAUAUUGAGGACAUUACAGUUACUUAUACAAAGAGGGGGUUGGGAUAGAACCGGAAUUGAUGAUAUUCAGCGCGAUGAGGCAUCAGCAACAUCUUCCAAUGCUUUACCUAAAAUAGCUGCAACUCCGUUGAGUACAACAACUCUUGAAAACAAUGAAAUAAAUUUAUCAACAAAGCGUGCAAGCGGUUUUAUUGAUCCAGAAGUUGAACGUGUUAAUAACAAAUCAGUAACAUGUAUGAUACAAAAACGUGAAAUAGGUCCUACAUUUAAUGCAGGUCAAAAAUGCCGAAUAAAUAAUCAUUUUUUACCUAAUCGUAUGAUACCUGUAGCUAAAUACAAAAGCCGCGCAUUUUGUGGGUCAUAUUCUUCUGAUGGGAAACUUCUUGUUACCGCCAGUCAAGAUAAUUUACUGCGAAUUUACAAUACCCAAGACGGGGAAUUCCAUGAAUACAAAAAAAUAUUUGCGCAAAAUGUGUCUUGGAGCAUAUUAGAUACUGCGUUCAGUCCAGAUGGGAAUUAUAUCGCUUAUUCAAGUUGGUCUGACGCUUUGUAUCUUUGUUCAAUUUAUGGUGAUUCAACUAUUCAAGAAGCUUUGCCGUUAGCUCCAUCAGACUUGGGAAGAUUUUGUGUUUUUUCGUUAGUUUUUUCCUGCGAUGGGAAAGAAAUUCUUGGUGCUGCUAACGAUGGUUGUCUUUAUUGUUACGAUCGCGAGUGUCAUCAACCAGCCAUAAAAAUUAAAGGUCACACAGAUGACGUUAACGCUGUUGCAUUUGCUGAUAACACUUCGCAAAUUUUAUAUAGCGGUGGAGAUGAUGGACUGUGCAAAGUUUGGGACAGACGAACGUUAAACGAAGCAAAUCCUCAUCCGGUAGGUGUACUCGCUGGACACAUGGACGGAAUAACUUUCAUUGAUCCUCGUGGUGACGGCCGUUAUUUGCUAACAAAUAGCAAAGAUCAGUCAAUAAAAUUGUGGGAUGUCCGUGCAUUCUCGAGUAAAGAGGCCGAAGUUAAUACCCGGAAAGCUGUUGCUAAUCAAGACUGGGAUUAUCGAUGGCACACCCACGUACCCAAGCAACUUUACACGUCAACGUCAUUAUUGGAAGGCGAUACGAGUAUUAUGACAUAUAGAGGACACAUGGUUGUACAAACGUUGAUUCGUUGUCAUUUUUCACCGGCUGCAACCACUGGGCAAAGAUAUAUCUAUACUGGUUGUGGACACGGUAGAAUUGUCAUUUAUGAUCUUUUGACGGGUAAUAUUGUAAGAACACUUGAAGGACAUGAAGGAUGUGUUAGAGAUGUCAGUUGGCAUCCGUAUCAUCAAGAAAUAAUAUCAGCGUCUUGGGAUGGAGUAAUAGGUUGUUGGCGUUAUUCUUCACAGGAUUCAUGUCCAGGUACUGGAGAUUCUGAAUGGAGUGAUUCCUGCGAUCAAAACUGGAGAAGUCCCGAUUGAUUGUUAAUUUAAAAUUUUUUACUUUUAUUUUCAUGGGAAUGGAUAAGUUUUAAAGGCCUGCUUACAAAUUUUUACUAUUAUUAUUAUCGUCUUAUAAAAAAAACAAUUAUGUUUUUAUUAGAUAUUGCUUGA